AUGUCUGACCUACCGCGACACAGCAUCUGCACCGAGCGACGGAAAGGUGCAGAUGAGCUCGAGGGUGCAUGCUUCAACGGGUGGAAGAGUCCCGUCUCCACUGAUAGGGCUGGGCCGAGGCGACGUAUCAGCAGCCUCGUCCCAGUGCCGGCCCUGGCCUCCAAGAAUUUGCAGGACCGAUUACUGCGAGCGAAAUCACCAGACUAG